CGUCAAUAUGAUAUUGCCAUGACGUCACUGAACUCAAUGUAGCGCUACUUGCUUGCCUUAUCCACUGUAGAGAUGAAACAUAACGAAGAGUUGCUAGAGGAUAUUAGAGAUGACGCAUCUACGAAUUUAUUGCCUGACAAAGAUUUACCAAAAUUUGGCGAGCCAUUACAAAAUGUCACAGUACCUGUGGGACGAGAGGCGGUACUGCAAUGUGUUGUCGAUAAUCUGCAAACCUACAAAAUUGUGUGGUUGCGCGUCGACACACAAACAAUACUGACGAUACAAAAUCACGUUAUAACGAAAAACAACCGAAUGAGCAUAAUCCAUGCUGAGAAGCGUGCUUGGAUAUUGAGAAUACGUGACGUUAAGGAAGCGGACAAAUGCUGGUAUAUGUGUCAGAUCAAUACGGAUCCGAUGAAAAGUCAAGUUGGUUACCUGGAUGUUGUGGUCAUCGCCUACAAUGGCUCCUACCUGACGAUCACUAAAGUACAACGCCUUAAUAUGGGUGCAUAUUUAUGCAUCGCCUCGAAUGGCAUCCCGCCAACGGUCAGCAAGCGCGUAAUGUUGAUUGUGCACUUUCCACCAAUGAUUUGGAUACAAAAUCAGCUAGUCGGUGCAGCCACCGGCCAAAACAUAGCACUUGAGUGUCAGUCAGAGGCGUAUCCAAAGUCUAUAAAUUACUGGACGAAAAACGACACGAUCAUUGUGCCGGGUGAGCACUUUGCAUCCGAAACUUUUGAAAGUGGCUACAAAAUUACGAUGCGUUUAACCAUAAAAGAUGUUGACACAUCAGAUUUCGGUUCUUACCGUUGUGUGGCGAAGAAUUCUCUUGGUGAUACGGAUGGCACAAUUAAACUCUAUCAUAUUCCGCAAACAACGACAAUUACCACAUUAGCACCUACGGUGGCUCUAAAUACCGUGCCAGUUGUGGUUACGAAAUACAACAACAAAGAUCAACGAUUCAGUAAAAAAAUCCAUCGCACAAAACCGAAUGUUGCAGAUAUUUCGUCGUCAUCAUCCUUGAACAAUGUUUAUAUUGGUGCCACAUCGAGCUUAUGGAAUUCACAAGAUCACGGUACAGGGAGAGAGCAUAAUCAAUCUUCCGAUCACAGUAACUAUCGCAGUGAUGGGAAAUCUACAACGAACAAACACGAUGCCGACUCACUGACCGAUGAUGCCAUCCAUGGUGCAGCGUGUACGACGGUAAAUACGCAUGCGCCGCUGGGUUAUGCAGCUGCGGUGAUAUUUGUAGUACUUUGUGGGCGCGUGUAGCAGAUAAUAAGCUGAUUUUAGUUGGAUAAGCAAGAAUAAAUGCUCUAAACUCUAAGCCAGCUGCAGAAGAGAGAGAGCUGUAAAUUAGUUUUUAAUUUAAAUUAAAGUGAAAUAAAUAUUAUUAA